AUGCAGUUCCUAUCCUUAGACCGCCACGAUGAUGGUCAAGACAGCCCUCUUUCUCCAACAUCUGGCCCGCCUACAGUGGUAGACGACGCCCCAUACAUCCGCACUCUCCUAAUCGACCAACCGUUCACCUUGUGGCAUAAUCCGUCUGAUCCACGAGACAUGGUGGUGGCCAACCGCGCCUCAUUCCGAAAAUUUCUUGAAAGGGGAGGAUUCGGGUUGACCGUCGACGCUCCCUUGCUGGCGGUGGUGUUGGAGAAAUACCAAAAGUCCUGGUCGAGUGCUUAUCUCCCGCUACGGUUUAUCAGUCUCCGCAGAGCCAUGCUGUUGGAAAACGAGAGGGAAAUUGGCGGCGACAUGAAGAGAUACUAUGGCCAAUGCCUCAUUGCUGGUUGCCUGAGAAGAAGGCGGAAAAUACAGCUUGACGACAAGUACCAGCAUAGCAGGGAUGGGACAUUCUACGACUGCCGACUUGAACGUGCUCGCUUUCCUCGCGAAGGCAAGAUGAAAUACACGUUGGAUUUUACGGUGUUCUUACACACGAGCAAUAUGAAACGCGAUAUGAGACUACGGGUAUGGGUGUUGGAGAAGGACAUAUGCGGGCUGGAGAAUCUGGGAAUCCAUCUACACACUUCCACCCUUAAGCCCCUGGAAGGACGUCAUUGUGCAUGCCUAGAUAGCAGGUGA